AAAUAUGAGAGGCUCCUCUUGCGUCAGCCUCAUCUCCUGCUGCUGGCCGAGGUUGCUCGCACCCACUUCCACUCCACUUCCACUUCCACUUCCACUUCCACUUCCAGCUCAUCACCUCCUCUGAGAACGAUGAUGAACCCAAAAUUAGAUGCUACAAAGUCCCACAAUGGAUCAAUUACUAGCACAAUUUCAACUCUUUUUUCAUCACCAUCAUCUAGUUCUACUACAGUUGAUAAAUUCCUACAAGUCAUCCAUUCUGGCUCGACAGAGUGGGUAGAUGGUUGGCAAAAGUGCUGGGAACAAGGGUUGACACCAUGGGACUUGGGGCAGCCUUCCCCAAUUCUUGUCCAUCUUCAUAAGACUGGUGCCCUUCCUAAGGGCAGGGCUUUGGUCCCUGGUUGUGGUAGUGGCUAUGACGUCGUGGCAAUUGCCUGCCCUGAUCGCUAUGUUGUUGGCCUGGAUAUAUCAGAAGUAGCUCUUGAAAGAGCCAAAGAGUUGUCCUCAUUAUCAAGCCAAGAACACUUUGAAUUCUUGAAGGCAGACUUCUUCACAUGGCGUCCCACUCAGUUGUUUGAUCUCAUUUUUGACUACACAUUCUUUUGUGCCAUCGAUCCAGAUAUGAGACCAUCUUGGGCUGUUAGAAUUCGAGACCUUUUAAAACCAGAUGGAGAGCUCAUAACUCUGAUGUUUCCAAUUAGUGAUCAUGAAGGGGGACCUCCAUACAAAGUAUCUACUACUGAUUAUGAAGAAGUGCUGCACCCAUUGGGGUUCGAGGCUACCUCUAUCGUGGAAAAUGAACUGGUUGUUUCACCUCGCAUGGGACGAGAGAAGCUUGCUAGGUGGAAAAGAUCAAUCUUUUAAUUUCCAUAAGCUUUGGUAAUGCCAUCCAGUCAAGAAUCAAAACUGUAAUACUCCAUGAUUUAGGUUUGUUGAAUUGCUUCCCAGAUUGAAACUCUGUUCAAUCUAAGUCUCUUUGUUGUUUCAUGCUAGUCUGGACAAACUUGUACAAGUCUGAGUUUGAGCUGCUUCUUUUGUGUGUACUCAUUGUAAUUUAUCCUUCUAUGUGCUUUAGCUACAUACAGGAGAUAGACAUUCUUGAUCUUAGUUGAAUCACGUAUAAAACUUGGUUUAAUUAGCUUGGGAGAAA